AUGGCGCUCGUCGCGUCGCAAUUCGCUGCCGUCGUCCACUCCUCCAGGAAUUCGUGCGGUGAGCAGCACCGGCGCCAGCACGAGCAACACCAGAGACAACAACAACAGCAACAGCAACAGCAGCAGCAGCAGCAGCAGCAGCAGCAGCAACAGCAGCAGCAGCAGCAGCAACAACAGCAGCUGCAACAGCGCGUUUGCGAUGUGACACGUGGCGUCUCCUUACGAGCUCCAGCAACCCUUCCCGAGCAACAACCCUCGACAAGUCAUCAAAGCACUGCGACCCCGUACGUCGCGUGUGAUAGCGAAAACGCAGCGGGAGAGAGCAGGGAGAUCACGGUGCGAGAGGAGGAGCAGCUUCUCUCGAUAUCGUUCAACCAGGAUUGCUCCUUCUUCGCGUGUGCCACGUCAUGGGGUUUCCGGAUUUUCUUCUGUCAGCAGGCCGUUCACGAAACGCUGAGCCGCGUCUGCUCUCCCCGCGCCAGCUCCGCUCCCCCUCCCCUUCCCGCUUCCCCUCCGCAUGUUUCCGCCGCUCCCGGUGCUUCCCCGUCGCCUUCCGCUACUUCCGCGUUUCCCGCUCCUCCUGCCGCCGCUGCCUCUGUGCAACACAUGCUGUACCGCUGCAACUUCCUCGCGCUCGUGGGCGGCGGAGAUCACCCGCGGUACCCGAAGAACAAGGUGAUCAUAUGGGACGACAACCAGGGCCUGGCGGUGGGGGAGCUGUCGUUCCGCUCGGAGGUGCGCGGGGUGUGUCUGCGGCGCGAGCGCGUGGUGGUGGCGCUGGCGCAGCGCGUGUUCGUGUACGCGCUGCAGGACCUGCGCCUGCUGCUGCGCCUCCCCACGCUCACUAAUACCAGGGGGCUCGUCGCGAUCUCGCAGGCGCCCGCGCCGUUCGUGCUCGCGUGCCCGGGGGUGCUCCGCGGACAGGUCCGCAUUGAGCACUACCACGUGCACGACCCCCUCUCCCCCUCGCCCGCUUCCCCCUCCGCCUCCCCCUCCCCCUCCCCCUCCUCCCCCUUCUCCCCCCCGUCCUCCUCCUCCUCCUCCUCCGCCGCCUUCCCCUCGCCGCCCCUCACCAUCACCAUCACGGCGCAUGAGACGGCGCUGGCCGCCCUGGCGCUCACCCCGGACAGCACGCGCGUGGCCACUGCGAGUGUGCGCGGCACGCUCGUGCGCGUGUUCAGCACGGCUGAUGGGUCCAUGCUGCAGGAGUUGCGGAGGGGGGCGGACAGGGCGGAGAUAUACAGCCUCGCAUUCUCUUCCAACGCGCACUUCCUUGCACUCUCCAGUGAUAAGGGCACCGCGCAUGUCUUUGCCCUCUCCCCUCCUGGCACUGCUGCCGCCACCAGCAGCAGCAGCCCUCCAACCGCCACUGCUCAUACUACUGCUCCUCCUCCACCUCCUCCUGCUGCUGCUGCUGCUGCUGCUACUGUGGCUCCUGCGUCUGUACCUGCUCCUUCCGCUGCUAACCAAACUUCCAGUCAAGACAGCGGCGGCAACGGCAGUGGUGGUGGCGAUAGCGGCGCUGUUGUUGACACCACAGGGGAAAGCAGGAAUGUGGGUGGUGGUAGCGAUGCUGCCAGUUCGCCUUUGCCUUCAUCUCGCCUUGCUCUGCUGCCCUCCUCUCGCCCUACUACUAAUCUCUCCCUGUCACCGCAAGCAGCUGGAACCGCACCCAGCCCCUCUCAACCGACCCCACUCUCUCUACCUCAGUCUGCCUCCACUCCUCUCCCCACCCCUCUCCCUCCCUCCUCCUCCGCUGCUGCUCCCUCUGCAUCUGAUGGAUCCCCAAGCUCUGCCUCCUCCUUCUCAUUCCCUUCUGUUUCUUUGGAUAGCCCUCCUGCUGCUGCUGCAGCAGCACCAUUUGAAGCAGCGGCAGUGGAAUCAGGAGCACUCGCAGGAGGGGCGGGAGUAGCAGGAGGAGCAGGAGGAGCAGCCGUGCAAGAAGGGAUAGGAGCAGCAGAGGCGGGAGAAGGGCAGAGGAGUGAUGCUGGCGGGGGAGAGGAAACAGCAGGAGGAGGGGCAGCGGGAGGGGCUGGGACACGUAGCAGUGGUGUGGUGGGGGGCGGAAACAGUGGUGGGUUGGGUGGGACUAGCGGUGCUGGUUUGGGUGUGGGAAGCGUUGGUGUGACGGGGGCCGGUAGCAGUGUGAACAGCAUGAGCAGUGGCGGUGUGGAGGUAGAGGGAGAGGCAUCUGUGGCAUUGAGACCCAAUCCAGGCUCGUCGCUAUCCUUCCUGAAAGGAGUGCUCCCGCGUUACUUCAGCUCUGAGUGGUCUCUCGCUCAGUUCCGCCAUCUGCCAGACUGUCGCUCCCUUGUGGCCUUCGGUGCACAGAGAAACACGCUGCUUGUCGCCUGCAUGGAUGGCAGCUUCCACCGCCUGGAGUUUGACCCAGUGGGAGGGGGCGAGAUGAAGCGAGAAGAACACACCGUCUUCUUCCACUCCUCCUCCUCCUCUCCCUCCUCCUCCUCCUUUCCCUCCUCUGCCACCUCCUCCGCCUCCGCCUCCCUCACCUCCUCUUCCUUCUCCGCCUCGAACUCUCCCCCUUCCUCUUCAUCCUCCUCCUUGCUCCACAACGCCACGGAUCAUCCCACAGCAGUCCUUGCCAGCCCUGCGAGCUUUGCAGCAGGGGGGAUAGCAGGGAGGGCAGCAGGAGCAGGGGCGAGGGGGUUAGGGGAGCUGCUGGAAGGGCAGGAGAUGCGUGCAGUGGCAGAGGGUGACAGUAAGGGGGCCUAG